AUGAAGAGCUGGAACCAAUUUGGUGCUAUUGAGACCAUCUACGAGGAAGAACGCGAGUUCUCUUCUCCCUCUCUUUCCCCUUCCUCCUCCUCCUCUUCCCCUCCAUCCCUCCACUCCAUUAUCAAUGCGUGGUCUCUCGACUCUGGGUGCGAACCAGAUGUAUUGAUACGUGUUCAAGGAACCUCUUUUCAUCUGCACAAGGAUCGUAUGAUAUCACAAAGUUCAUAUCUCAAACGGCAUCUAACGGGAGUCUCUAACGUCGCUCUCUCCCCGCCGUUAAACAUAACGGCGGAGACUUUCGCCGCGGUGGCCGAAUUCUGUUACAGGCGCAGAGUCCACUUGACGGCGAGGAACGUUGCCGCCGUGAGAGUGGCGGCGGAGAUGCUGGGCAUGACGUUGACGGUGGGGGAGAGUCUGCGUGACGUGGCGGAAUCGUACUUGGAGAGAGUGGUUGGCAGUGACGCGUCGAGGGUUCUGCGUUCGUGCGUGCCUCUGCUUCCCGAAGCCGAAACGACAGCGUCGCUUGCCAGCAGGUGUAUUGAAGCGUUGGUUUGGGAAGGAGACGACGUGACGUUUUUGGACGUGGUUGUGGAAAUGCAUCCUCAGGAUUUUCAAACGGUUGCGUAUUCACUCAAUAGACGGUUACCCAACCACGACGUUCUGUACAUGAUGGUUGAUCUUUAUCUCAAGGAAAACAAGUACGGUAACCUAACGGAGGAUCAGAAAACAGAGAUAUGCAACAGCAUAGAUUGCGCUAAGCUCUCUCGUGGUACUCUUGUGAACUGCGUUCAAAACCCACGAAUGCCUCUGAGAUUCAUGGUGCGAGCAAUAUUAGUGGAACACCUGAACACUCGCCGCUCCGUGGCCGCCGCAGCCAGCGGCGCGCAACAAGCAGAGCAACGAACGUCACUAAGAGAAUUUCUUCAGCGCGACACGGCUCAUCGCCAAGCGGCACAGAUCAAAGAGGCCAUGGAUUCAACGUACUCUCGCAUUCAAAGCCUGGAGAGAGAGCUGAGGGGCAUGAAGAAGGUCCUUCUUGAUAACAGUAACGCGUUGAACUCGGAGCGUUCCGCGAGUUUUCAUUAUGUUCCGCCAGAGAGUAGUAGAAUACAAAGGGGAGGAAGAGGGUCUGUUUCGUCUUCGGGAUUUCUGCUUCGAGAUGGAACCAAGAAGAACGAUGAUGAAGUGGGGAGUUAUACUCUGUCUGCAGGACCAUGUCACCACGGAAACAAGGUUCCGAAGAUGACUAGGUUUUUUGGCCAUAGGUUCAUAACUGGUCUCAAGAAUGCAUUUCGGAUUUCCAAUUCUACGUCCAACUAACCACAGUUAGUUAUAAAUGCAAAUGCUACAGAAGCCGAAAGAUGUUCUGAAUUACUGUCCGAAUUAUUUAAAUAUUAUUAUUUUAUAAUAAAUUUAUUAUAAAAUAAUUAUUUAAUCUAAUAUUUUAUUAUUUAAAUUAAUUUUUUAAUUAUUCGGAAGAAAUUUCGGCUCCAUCUUUCGGACGAUGAAGCAUUUUCCAUUUUAUUUUUAUGUCUAUAUACUAUAUACUCUAUACAUAGGAGUGUGGGUGGGGAUGGUCUUAUCACUUAUGAUUAUGACUCAACAACUCAAGAGUACUAAAGUUUGUUGUCUUCUUUUUUUUUGUUUUUUUUUUU